CCCUCGCCCCGCCCCCUUCCGCAAUCAACAACACCCUCACUUCCCUGGAAGGCUUCGGGGGGACUUCCAAGAGCCUUAACCUGCUGGCCCUCACUCUGCAGACCAAAACCACAAUCAUGUCACUGCGAGACUGCCAGGCGUGGAAGGAUGCUGGGCUCCCACUCUCAACCACAAGCAAUGAAGCCUGCAAGCUGUUUGAUGCCACCUUGACCCAGUAUGUCAAGUGGACCAAUGACAAGAGUCUUGGUGGGAUCGAGGGCUGCCUGUCAAAGCUCAAGGCAGCAGAUCCAGCCUUUGCCAUGGGUCAUGCCAUCUCUAACGGCCUUGUGCUCAUUGGCACGGGAAGCUCCGUGAAGCUGGACAAAGACCUAGACCUGGCUGUGAAGACGAUGAUGGAGGUUUCCCAAACCCAGACUCUGACACCUCGGGAGCAGCUGCAUAUAUCUGCGGUGGAGAUGUUUGCCAAGGGAAACUUCCCAAAAGCCUGUGAUCUCUGGGAACAAAUCCUCCAGGACCACCCAACAGACAUGUUGGCCCUGAAGUUUUCCCACGAUGCCUACUUCUACCUGGGCUCCCAGGAGCAGAUGCGGGAUUCUGUGGCUCGAAUUUACCCAUUUUGGACACCUGACAUCCCCCUUAACAGCUAUGUGAAAGGCAUCUAUUCUUUUGGACUGAUGGAAACCAACUUCUAUGAACAGGCACAAAAGCUUGCCAAAGAGGCCUUAUCUAUUGAGCCAACAGAUGCAUGGUCAGUACACACUAUUGCCCAUAUACACGAGAUGAGAGCAGAGGUCAAAGAUGGGCUGGAAUUCAUGCAGCACACCGAAGGCCACUGGAAGGACUCUGAUAUGCUUGCUUGUCAUAAUUAUUGGCACUGGGCCCUAUACUUGAUUGAGAAGGGAGACUAUGAGGCUGCGCUAACCAUCUAUGACAGCCAUAUCCUCCCCAGCCUGCAGGCCAGUGGUGCAAUGCUGGAUGUGGUGGACAGCUGCUCGAUGCUCUAUCGUCUUCAGAUGGAAGGAGUGUCCCUUGGCCAGCGGUGGCAGGCUGUCCUACCUGUGACUAAGAAGCAUACCCGAGACCACAUCCUUUUGUUCAAUGAUGCUCACUUCCUGAUGGCCUCCCUGGGUGCAAGGGACCUCCAGACCACACAGGAGCUGCUGACUACUCUGCAGGAGGCCAGCGAGUCCCCAGGGGAGAACUGCCAGCACCAGUUGGCACAAGAUGUGGGGCUGCCCCUGUGCCAGGCUCUUGUGGAGGCUGAGAAUGGGAAUCCUGACCGAGUCCUGGAACUUCUCUUGCCAAUCCGCUACCGAAUUGUCCAGAUUGGAGGCAGCAAUGCCCAGAGAGACAUCUUCAACCAGCUGCUGAUUCAUGCGGCCAUCAACUGCACCUCCAGUGUCCAUAAGAAUGUGGCCCGGAGCCUUCUGAUGGAGCGUGAUGCCUUGAAACCCAACUCACCCCUGACUGAGCGGCUCAUCCGCAAGGCAGCUGCUGUCCAUGUUAUGCAGUGACCCAGGCCAGGUUGUUGGCCUACAGCUCAGCACUGACCUCCUGGGAUUAGGUUGACUGUCUGGUUGGGUUAGGGUUAGGAAACAGCUGGGCCUGCUUGUCAGAGUAUAAAGUGGAAUUCUCCAAAUCAGUAGUUUGGUAGAAAUAGGGGACACAAGUUAAUUUUGAGUGAUAUUCAGAAUUCUUCUCAGGGCCAACUUGCAUUUUCAAGCCUCCAGAACCAAAGCAGUGCUAUUAUUUGCAGAUGCCUUGAACAUUGUAUUUUCUUGUUCCACUGCUAGCAGGCAGGGUACAGGUGUGGCUAGCUCAGCUGGAAGGUGUACAAGUGCCUCAUGUACACCCCUGGCAUUAGUGAAACCUUUUCAUUUAGUUCUUCUUAUAUUCUACACGGGUCUCCCUAGGAAGGAUUCCAGUGAGCUGCCUGGGGUCCCAGCCAGCAGAGGCUUUUCCUUUUAAAGGAGGGGAUUCUGCUUCAUUGGCUUUGGCUAUCAGCCCUAGACUGCAGUACCUGUCACCAUCUCCAAAGAUAUGGGGAAGGAUGGUUUGUGGGGAAUUUGGUAGUGCCAACUGGAGCUUCUCUGGAAGCUGCUUAUGGGAGUGAAGCUUGAGGGAUGGGGCUCUGAUUCUGCUCUUCUGAGUGGGUCUGAGACCUGAGCCCAGAGCUGCUCUGCUGUGGAAAAUAACCACAACGCUGACAUGGCUGCCACAAGAUUUAAAUGACUCUCCUACUUCCAUGACAGGACAUCCCUCCUGGGAGUGCAGGUGCAGUCUUUUUGCUGUCCUCUAGAAGGGGAGGUGCAAAUGCAAAGGUGUCCCUCAGGCUCUUUCAGUUCCCACUUAAGUGUGGACUAAUGGGCAGGU